AUGGCCAGCCAAAGCACCACAACACCAGCUAAGAGACUCCUCUCCGCCAGCAAAAUUGCCAUAGCAGUCGAUGCACUUGCGGUAAUUGACGAACGCCGUCACACCAAGCGUCAGCGUUUUUCAAUUGAGUCCAGUGAUGCUACUGCUGAGGACCUAGACUCUGCCUCGCCCGUUAUAGACCAGUACAUUGCCGUCAAAGGGGUUGAGGUCGUCCACGCCCUGACCAAUUUUACGGUGUCCGAGCUCAAUACUCUCUGGUCCAACAUCAAGGCAUACGUGUCCAAGAACUGGAAUGUUGGUGGUGGCCGCAAAUGUCCGGUGACUGGGAACGACAUGCUCUUCAUGACCCUCGUGACGCUCAAGCAUGCUGGCACUUGGGAUAUCCUUGCUGCCAGUUUUGACGAGAAG